UCUCUCCUUCUUGCUUUUAUCUUCUUCUCCCUCUAUGUCAAUCAAUAUUAUGCCAAAAGUGGUUAAAUUAUAAUUCAAUGAUCAUCUUUCAAUCAGGACGACAAAAUACAUCUUCAAUUGGUUGUCUUCGUCUUUGCUUAACCAGUGCAUAAACAACAAUGUUACUUUACAUUGUUUUCAUAAUUUCUUCAUCUCUUUUAUUUGAUUUUGGGCUAACUCAAACCAAUUUCGGAAAUGGAGCUUAUCCAUCUAGAGCUCCACCUCGUCCAUCUCAGCCACUACCACCACACCAGCCAGGCGAUACAUUCGUUCUAAAUGAGCCCUAUGUACCAUUAAACACUAAACCUCGAUAUAAUGAGGUCCGAACCCCAACUUUAAAUCCAUAUCCACAGCCAGAUAACGUAACAAAUACUUUAGUUGCUCAAAUCCAAGGCUUUGGUGUACUUGGUUAUGCAUCUUUUCGUGAAAUCGCUCAAAAUGAAUUAGAAGCUACGAUCAGCAUUACUGGUGGACCUGCAAAUGAAUCUUACAUUGCUCGUGUUUUUGAACUUCCAAUACAGAAUGGUGCCUCCUGUACUCCAAUCAAUGUCGGUAAAUUGAUAACCGAAUUUAAAGAUAGACAAAUUGAACCAAAUCGAAAAUUAGUCUUCCCCCUUGAUAGAGUAUUUACUCCUAGCGCUAUCAUAGGAAGAACCUUAAUGUUACAAGCUAAAUACAGUGGGGUUUCUAUUUGUUCCGUAAUUAUGCCGGGCGAUGAUAAGAAAUUAAUUUUUAUUGGUAAAUUCCAUUCUCCUAUUUCUGGUAUGGCUUAUUAUAUUCAAGGUGAUAUUGGCGCAGCAGUUGGAACCGAAUGGAUGAUGUUCUCUGAUGGUAAAAGACGGGAUGAUAGAUUCGCAUGGAGAUUACUGAGAAUUGAUUCCGAUACUGUUGAUAGUAAAGUACUUAAUGAGAAAAAUCGUUGCCAGGAUCUUACUGGUGAUGUAAUUCAUUCUUCUAAACAGUACCUUUUACCUGUUAGCACCGAAGCACCUAUUUGGAGAGGUCGAAUGCACUUAGGAUUGUCUACCCGCAUAGCUCCAACUGAUUCAAUCUACCUCAUUCUCGAAACACCAAAUGGAGCUCGUGUUGCCUGCACUUCCCUGAAUCGAGUCGAACCAAAAGUUGGUGUAGCAUCGUUUAUGAGCCCUGAUACACGAGGAGAAAUAAAGUUCACACAGGACUCGCCUUUUGAACCUACACGAGUCGUUAUUAAUCUUGACCUUUUCACGCCAGCAUUCAGUUAUGGAAUCGAUGUAUUACCAAGUCUCAGAAGAAAAAAGGAGGAAUUCAAGAAAUGUCCAAAUGUGAAGGAAACAAUUUAUAAUCCAUUCCAUGUUGAUCCAGAUAAGGUACCAGCUCAAGGUAUGGGUACAACCGAGAUGUACGCUGUUGGAGAUUUAUCUGGUAAAUAUGGAACAUUGGAGUCUCGCCAGUCUAUUAGAUUGACAACAUGGGAUGUCAAUUUACCAUUAUUUGGAUAUUAUUCAGUUAUCGGUCGUGCUAUUGUUAUCUAUGGACCAAACGGACCUGCAGUAGCUUGUACAAACAUUGAACUCGAUGGUAAACCAUUGCAUGUUGUUUAUGCUACAUUUGAUUACCCGAUUCAGGGUCAAUUUAUUUUUAGACAACCCGAAGGUGAAUGUUUUUCAGAUACUUACCUUUAUAUCGAGGUAUCAAAACACCCAAGUUUAGACACAGACAAGACGUUUAAUCAUCCUUGGCAUGUUCACGAAAACAAACUUAACAUCAAAGACACUCAAUUAAGUACAACCGAUUGUGGUCCAGCUGGAGGUCAUCAUAACCCUUACAAUGUUUCAGUUGCUUCUCAAAAUCCAAUUUAUGUGCGCGAUUGUAAUAUCUUUACUCCAACAAGGUGUGAAGUCGGAGAUUUGGCUCAUAAACUUGGUCACAUUGAUAUACCAAAGUACCUGGGAGUCAACGGACAAGAGCCAGAAGUAGCUAAAUAUUAUUUUAUUGACAGUGAUUCACCUUUAUGUGGACCAGCAAAGAUUGCUGACAAAUCAUUGGUCAUUCAUGAAGCUGAUUUCCAAAUGAAAAGAUUAAGUUGUGCCAAUUUGUUCGUUUAUUCACCCAAAACUAAGUAAAUGCAAUGUAACAAAUUUUAUAUUGAUCAUGAAAUUUGGUUGAUACUUUUAUUAAAGUCAGCUCAAACUGAUUUUUCCCAAAAUUGAA